GCCGCGCACUGGGCGCUGGCCGCUGUCUGGCUGGCGGCGCAGCAGUACCUAGUGGCCGAGCAGCGCUCGCUCCACACCAAGGCCGUCAGGGUGGCCUUCCUCGCCUAUCUGCUUAUCUUCGACUGGCAGGUGAACCGCGACUCUGGCAGCGCGAUGACUGUGUGCGCGCGCCCGCGAGCGGCCGCCGCCUACUACCUGCUCAUCGGCGUCGAGAACGCCGUGCUGCUGGGGCUGUGGGUGGCGUUCUCGUCGCACAUCCCGCACACCAAGCUGGCGACGGUGACAGGCGCCGCCGCCACGUUCUCCGUCGGCGCCGUCAUCCUGGUGAUGCUCUACUGCUACUCGGCGGAGGCGGCGCUGGCGGCGCCGGCCGAUGACGUGCUGGCCGUGCACGCUGGAGAGAAGGCACAGCCGUGCGCGGCCGACUCAUACGUCGACUACAAGCUGGAGGAGGAGGAAGAGGCGGCGGCCGAGCGGCGGCGCCGCGUCGGCAACCUCUAUACGGCGUUCCCGGUGCUGUCGCGCUCCGACCGCUCCACCGACAACCACUCGGCCAACUCGCGCAACACCAACACGCUGUGCGACGCCGAGGCGACGCACGCCGAGCCGCUGGUGCUGCACGUGAGCCGCGCGCGACCCCGCUCCCCGCGCUCCGACACGGCCAGCUCGGCGUCGCGCGCUGUGCUGGCGCACUGCGUCACCAGCACGCCCAAGCGCGCGCCGUGGGAGAAGACGCCGGCGUGGCUGCAGCUGUGCGGCCCGCGCACGCCGCCCGACGGCCGGCCCAAGAAGAAGCUCUGCCGCCGUCAGCACGCCGACUGUCCGCAGGCGCAGGGGCGCGCCGCCUGCGGACCGCUCAGUCCGCCCGCGCCCCGCCCGCGCAAGCAGUCGCGCAAGCAGAAACUGAAGGGUGUGCUGCUGCGCAAUAAACUCUGCAAAGACGUGAUCACGCUCUGA